AUGAUAGCUAGCGCGAUUAAGACGCUAAAAAAUCUGAAACCCAAGCUGUCUAACGCGGAGAUGAGCUGGUUCACGGAGCAUCCUCAAUUCAGACACAUUUUCCACAUGAAGAUAGAGACUAACCACAGGGUUCAGGGAAUGUGGAUGUUGUUGUUGCGUACUGCUGGUAGCGAGAAGCUGAGAGAAGUGUGGUUCAUUGUGAAUGGGGUUCCAAUCCGUUACGGGCUGAGGGAACAUGGUUUGAUAUAUGGGCUAUUCUGCCAGAACUAUCCUCUCGGCUACAAAGAGCUUGGUGGGACGAGGUUCGUUGAUCGUCAUUUCAAGGAAGGAGAACCGAGAAGGUUAUAG